ACAGAUUCAAAAAACGGCGAUGUGAUGUAUUAAGGCAGCGCCUUUAAGCGUGUAUCUACUGCGACAGUAAAGGAGAAAAUGGCGUUAUUGAUCAGGCAGGUGGGCCGCCAGUGUCUGAGGACCAAAGUCUUUCCUGUGCUCUGCACCAGACACAUUGCCCCCAUGGGUACCACAGCAAAAGAGGAAAUGCAGAAGUUUUGGAACAAAAAUAAUGAACUGAGUCGCCCUCUGUCCCCUCACUUAACUAUAUACAAGUGGUCAUUACCCAUGGCGAUGUCAAUUUGUCACCGUGGUGCCGGAGUUGUCAUGACAACAGGUGUUUCACUCUUUGCUCUGUCAGCCCUUUUUGUACCAGGUGACUUUGCCUCACAUGUGGAGCUAAUAAAGAGUCUCAGCCUUCCCCCACAACUGAUCUUCUGCACCAAAUUUGCAAUUUGUGUACCAUUAACCUACCAUAUGUGGAAUGGACUCAGACAUUUGGUAUGGGAUGCUGGUCAAGGUUUGAAGAUGCCACAAGUGCACUGGUCUUGUUAUUUUGUGCUGUUCAUGGCAGUGUGCGCUGCAUUUGGAAUGGCUUCUGCGUAAUUCUGAAACUUUUGAAGAUAUAAUUUUGUCUGCUUUGUAUAGGGGUGGGGAUCUUCUAGAAUGUAUUUAGUAAUGCUGACUUAGAUAGAUCUCUGAUCUCAUAUUGAGAAAUUUGCUGUUCUUUUUUUUGUUCAUUUUAAUUCCUUACUUCACCAUCGUAACAAAAGCUGUGCAUAAAGGUGCACAUUUGUGAUUCUAAUGUACUACAAUUUUUCUCUGCUUCCUCCAGCAUGACUGUUGAGGUUUUAACCAGCAUUUUAGCAAGUAUUUGCAUGUAUGUGGUUGACUACUAGGACAUGAUGUCUGAGGAAGACAGUGUGACACAGCAACACAGCAUACCCCUGUGCGUGCAGUGGAACGAGUGAUGUGACUGAGAAGUUUUUUAAAUAUAUGAAGGUUUUAUUUGCAAUUCACACACGUUUACAUUUUCAGGGGAGUAGUGGCAGCUCGUGUGUAAAACAUGUUGGUUGGAAAGAUCAGUAUAAUUUCUGUCAUAUUUGACAGUUUGCAUUGCAGGCUGUGACUGAUACAAAGUUAGGGAAGCUACCUUUCUGGUGCUGUGAAGGUACUAACCGGUCUUUGAAGGUUCUGGCUUCAAGGUAAUUUGGAUAAAAAAAAACUUGCAGGAAUGCAAGUGAGUUUGCUUUGUGAUGGCCUGCAAAAGUGCACCAUGUUUGUUGCCUUUACAAGCGGCUGUAUUAUGUUGUAUGUCUGACUUGAGAACUCUAGUUCCGUUUCCAUGUGGAGUUAUUUCCACUGUUUAAAAAAAAUAAAUCUAGAAAUCUGGUUGAAAUUUGUAAAUCUCAGUAUUUAAGAUCUUGUAUAAUUAAAACUUGUUCUUUGCUUCACACUUCAUGUAAAUAAAACAUCUUUAUGAA